AUGGCCCAAAUGAAGCCCAGGAGGCAGGGAGAGGGGAAGGACCUUGGGGCUGAAAAGAUUCCUUUGCUGGAGGUUGAGGCACCCCAAAGAUAUCCUGCAGCCUUUCUUCGAGGUGCGGCUUGUGUUGCUGCAAGCAUUGGUUGGAUGCUCGCCUCCACUGCGCUCAUCCUCCUCAACAAGCAUCUGAUGGUCACAGAUGGGUUCAAAUAUCCAAUGGCACUGUCGGGAAUGGGGAUGGUUUUCAGCUCGCUGGCAAGCUUCCUAUGCUGCAGGGUUUUCAGGGUAGUCUCCAUGAAGGCGAGCGGUAUGGUGACCAUGACCUUUUACCUCCAGCGGAUUCUCCCUGUGGGGUUGUUUAUGGCAGCAACGCUCCUCUUUGGCAACAUGGUGUACUUCUACCUGACUGUCUCAUUCAUCCAAAUGUUGAAGGCCUUCACCCCCGUUAUUACCAUGGUGUUUCUCUUUGCCGCAAGGCUGGAAACGCCCAGUCGAAGGAUGAUUUACUCUGUGCUGCUUGUGGCAGUUGGGACAGCCAUUUCUUCUUACGGCGAAGUGAACCUGUCCGUCUUCGGAAUCACGGUCAUGUUUCUCUCCGAAGCCGCGGAGGCCCUGCGACUCGUCAUGACGCAAUACGUCCUUGUCGGACUGAAGUUCCAUCCCAUUGAAGGCUUGAUGUACUUUGCACCUGCGUGCACCCUCUGGUUGGUAAUCGGUAUCGCAUUCACCGAAUUGAGAUCCAUGAUCGCGGACGGGGCAGCCGCCAUCGUCGCGAGGUCGCCAUUGAUGUACCUCACAGCCGCCUGCCUCGGCUUUGCUGUCAAUACGCUUGCCUAUCUGGUCAUCAUCCUGGCGUCCUCGCUGACGUUGAAGGUGCUGGGGACCGUGAAGAACACGCUGUUGGUGCUGUUCUGCGCGGUGUUCUUACACGAGACUGUUACGUUCGUCGAGGGCACUGGGUACGGCGUGAGUCUCGCGGGGUUCAUGUGGUACAAUAAAAUAAAGAUGGAGGGCGCCGGGCCGGGUGACAAACUGAAGCCCCCAAUCGUGAAGGCUGAGGAGAAAGCCAGCAGGCGGCCGGAUGUGGAGACACCCACGUGCCAUCAGAAGAAGCCCGAAAAGGUCUGA